CCUGGCCUGAGGAGGUAGCUGUGUGAGGGCGGGCGGGAGACCGUCCCCUCCGGAGCGGGCCCGGAAGGGCGGGCGAAUGACUGGCUGCCUCCCUUGGGGAGUGGCCCCUGGGCGGGCCCCUGCUGGGCUGGGCUGAGUCGGUGGCGGCGGCUCCGCGGUCUCUCGCUUGCCUUCUGGCCGUGGCGGGGCUUUCGCCCUUGGGGGGGUCUCCUAGCCGAAGGGGUGAGGCUACUAGUCGCAGAGCCCCUUUCUUUUCCUGCCCGGUCUGUCAAAAGCGGCCCAAAGGCCGCGAUUAGCUUCCUGCACCGCGACAGCUGCACGCCUGGCUUGCCUGGGCGGACCGAGGGGCUCGGAGACCUUCAGCCACGCGGCGCCGGGCGAUGAGCAGUCAGAAAUCACCUCGGCUUUGGCCCACGUCUGCUCCCCAAUGACAGCCGUCUGCCCUAUUCGUGCCGAGUUAGCGCCAGCCGCAGGGGUUCGCCUUCGGCCCUCAGGUGUCACCCCGCGCGGAAAUUGGGGGAACUGUAUGGGAUCGGACAAGGGUGAAGGGACGAGCCAGAAUUUGGGGGCCCCGGCUUUAAGUGCAGAAUAGAUGGAAAAAAGACAGCAUAAAAGAGAAAAAAGCUUCAGGGAUAGGAAGAAGCAUUUACGUAGAAAACCGUCAACACUUUUUGGUCAAAGGCCAAGAGGGGUUAGCCCUCCUUUGCAGGCAGACACCCACACACUCCCCCUAGAAGAAGAAAUUAAAUAUUUCUCAGCUGGUGCAGAAUUUAUGGUUGUUUAACGACCACAGGUCAGCAGAUUAAUUUAAAAUAGAGAAAUUGAGGGCUAAUUGAGAGUUGCUUAAGAUUUCCACGCUUUCUGGGAGAGCCCAUCAACUUGAAGCACUGCUGCGGAGCUGUCCCUUUCCCCCCAACGCAUCGCUUGACAUCUGAAGAAGUUUUUGAUAUGGAUGGGAUACCCAGGGUUGAUGUUUUGAAGAACCACUUAGUAAAAGAAGGUCGGGUAGAUGAAGAAAUUGCACUUAGAAUUAUCAAUGAGGGUGCUGCCAUUCUUCGGAGAGAGAAAACCAUGAUAGAAGUAGAGGCUCCAAUUACAGUGUGUGGUGACAUCCAUGGCCAAUUUUUUGAUCUGAUGAAACUUUUUGAAGUAGGAGGAUCACCUGCUAAUACACGAUACCUUUUUCUUGGUGAUUAUGUGGACAGAGGUUAUUUUAGUAUAGAGUGUGUCUUAUAUUUAUGGGUCCUGAAGAUUCUAUACCCAAGCACAUUAUUUCUUCUGAGAGGCAACCAUGAAUGCAGACACCUUACUGAAUAUUUUACCUUUAAGCAGGAAUGUAAAAUUAAAUAUUCAGAAAGAGUCUAUGAAGCUUGUAUGGAAGCUUUUGAUAGCCUGCCUCUUGCUGCACUUUUAAACCAACAGUUUCUUUGUGUUCAUGGUGGACUUUCACCAGAAAUACACACACUGGAUGAUAUUAGGAGAUUAGAUAGAUUCAAAGAGCCACCUGCAUUUGGACCAAUGUGUGACUUGCUAUGGUCUGAUCCUUCUGAAGAUUUUGGAAAUGAAAAAUCACAGGAACAUUUUAGUCACAAUACAGUUCGAGGAUGUUCUUAUUUUUAUAACUAUCCAGCAGUGUGUGAAUUUUUGCAAAACAAUAAUUUGUUAUCGAUUAUUAGAGCUCAUGAAGCUCAAGAUGCAGGCUAUAGAAUGUACAGAAAAAGUCAAACUACAGGGUUCCCUUCAUUAAUAACAAUUUUUUCGGCACCUAAUUACUUAGAUGUCUACAAUAAUAAAGCUGCUGUAUUAAAGUAUGAAAAUAAUGUGAUGAAUAUUCGACAAUUUAACUGUUCUCCACAUCCUUACUGGUUGCCCAAUUUUAUGGAUGUCUUCACAUGGUCUUUACCAUUUGUUGGAGAAAAAGUGACAGAAAUGUUGGUAAAUGUUCUGAGUAUUUGCUCUGAUGAUGAACUUAUGACUGAAGGAGAAGACCAGUUUGAUGAACGGCUCAUAUAUGGCAAUAAAAAAGUAGGUUCAGCUGCAGCCCGGAAAGAAAUCAUAAGAAACAAAAUUCGAGCAAUUGGCAAGAUGGCAAGGGUCUUCUCUGUUCUCAGGGAGGAGAGUGAAAGUGUGCUGACACUCAAGGGCCUGACUCCCACAGGGAUGUUGCCUAGUGGAGUGUUAGCUGGAGGACGGCAGACCCUGCAAAGUGCCACAGUUGAGGCUAUUGAGGCUGAAAAAGCAAUACGAGGAUUCUCUCCACCACAUAGAAUCUGCAGUUUUGAAGAGGCAAAGGGUUUGGAUAGGAUCAAUGAGAGAAUGCCACCCCGGAAAGAUGCUGUACAGCAAGAUGGUUUCAAUUCUCUGAACACCGCACAUGCCACUGAGAACCACGGGACUGGCAACCAUGGUGCCCAGUGACCCACGGCUUCCCAGGGACUCUCACAGCUCGGGCCCCAAAUGGACAGAUCACCCGAGGAGCUGGAGGGGUCGGUCAAGCUGACUGUAAAUGUCACAGUCCCUCUGGAGAAACCAUUGUGCUUUUGAGACCCCAGCCCCCUUCCUGGAUGGAGGCUUGAGGGCCCUGGGACAUGUGCUAUCUGAUAAGAUUGGGUCAUCGCUGCCAAGGUGGAGAGCAGUGAGCAAGGGGCUUGGGGCAAUUUCCAGUGGAGGGCAACUACACCUCCAUUUAUGCUUGUGGUUCACACAUUUAAGUUUACAAAUGAGAUUUCUUUUUCCCCUCAGUAGAAUUAGAUUUUGUUUUUCAACCAUAACUUCAAAUACAAUCCUAAGAGAUAAUGUGGACUUUUUUUUUCCCCCAUGAAAUGUCUUUAACGGAUGAGUUAGCAUGGUCUUAAAAUACAUUUCCGAGGUUACUAAGCUGUGUUUUGAAUUAUGGGCAAAAUGCUGAGAAACCCAGUUGGCAUUUAUACAAAAUGCUGACCUCAGGUCUGUAGUUCCUAAAUGUGGCUAAUUCUGUAAUAUAGUCUUGGUAUUUUUCAAUUAUGAAUGCAUAACCUAUUUCUAGGCAGACUCUCUUACUUGUACACAAAUCCAAAAACUAAUUUAGAAUCUUUCUUGCCCAGAUCUUUUGAGAUUUACACCCCAGAGAUUUAAGAAGAAAAUCUCUAAAUUUCAGAAUUAUGAAGAAUUACAGAAUUACUCAUUUAAGGUACUUUAAAAGAAGUUUGUACAUUGUCAAAGUAAAUUUUAAUUCAAAUCAUGUCUGUAAAACUUGACGUAUUUUGUGUAUGCAUGUUUUCAUUUUGCAAAUAUUUAAUAUAUAGACCUAUGAUGUACAGGUACGACAUGUAUAGGUUACCUAGAUGUUAUGAGAAAUUUUAGUUUACUGUGAGUACUCAAGUUGCUUAAAUAGCCACCAGGGUGAUUUACUGCUGGCUUCCUAUCAUUUUAUGUUUUGAUGCAAAGGAAAUUUUAAAAUGUUCUGGAAGUGUUUUUGAUUAAGCAGUGCAGCAUAGAAGCAACAGUUCUGUUCAGUCAUUCAGAUGUUAGUGGAAGCAUAAAAGUCAAGACUGCAUGUUGAACAUUUUCUUUUGAUAGUUACAGAACUGCUUGGUUAGACUAAAUGGAACCAUGUGCUAAUUUUUCACAAUUACUGACCUGUAUUGAUUGCCACAGUAGUUUGGUAUUUCCCUUUACUUUGGUGGCCUGCUUCCCUCAUGCCCUGGAAUACAACUCAGAGCUCCAGGCAGCGGAACCAUCUAUUGUUUGUUUGCCAGAAAGUGCACCCUGUAUGGUCUCCUUUCUAAGUUGGAAAUAUUAUGCAUGUGCAGGACUAUUUGAGUAUUUUAUAAACAGUAGCACACAAUAAAUUCCAUGCAUGGGCCGCUGCUCCUA